AUGGUUAACUUCAUCUCUUUGAGUGAGUUGAAUACUAAGAUUCAAUUCCCUGCAAUCCAUGUUAAGAUCGUUAGAAAAUGGAGUACGAAAAUUGGAAGAGAUCAUCAUUCAACCAUGCUCUUAGGAGAUUCGAAAGUAGUAACAAUUGAAGGGAGCUUAAGCUAUGCUUUGUCUCUACCUAACGAGAUUGAACUCAUAGAAUGUGACUGGGUAGAGAUACUCAAUUUUAAGAUAAGAAGGGUUUUCAGCUUUAUAGAACCACAAAGCACAAGUACACAAUCAAGUUCAACGAAGCGAGUUUGUUUAGAAAGAUAG